AUGCUUGGGCUGUUGCGGCAACCCUUCGGGCAAGAUUCUUCGGCGACCAAGGCCGAGAAACAAUCUAAUAUGUCUUCCUCUUCUUUUCGACACGUCAGCAGCUCGUCGACAAAAGGCUUCGAGUACUCAUCAACCUCUUCUAUUUCCAAUGGCGUUAACGGUACCAAUGGCGUGAAUGGGGGCACAUACUCGGCACUUGCCCCCCCAGAUAUUCCAGACAGCACAGUCCGGUCAGCUAAACCAAUGCCCUCAGUUUUCAUGCAGCGACCACGUGCCAGCACAGAUCGCACGUCCUCCUUCGGCGGCCUGGAGCAAGUCAAGGAACAGCUAGCGACUUCUCGCAACCAUGCCUACCGUGUGCUUGGCUCCAACUUCAGCGGCUAUGCAUUUGACACUUCCAUUACUGGACUCCUUGAAUGGAUUCGGGACGAAAGACUCAUCAGACUUCCCCACAAAGGUGGUUCUUGGGAUCGUGUGCUCAUCGCCGCACAACACUUUGCGGAACAAGUUCACAGAUUUAACAUUGCCAUUUCGACCUUUGAAUCCGACAUCAACGCGGCUACGAAUCUGGUUUUUGGCCAGUGUCUUCUACUGCUAGAGCUUGGAAGCGACAAUGCUCCGGCACUGGAGACGGUUUUCAACCUCUUCUACCAGUUCGGCCUCGAAUUGUCGCCACUCUUGAAACGCGUCGACAUUAUUACCUCUUCCAGACUGAUUUCCGACAACCUCUCCAAAGCCUUUUCGGAGCUCUUGUCUAUCGUGACCGGAGUGGCCAUCACAUUCUGGCAGAUCGUUCAUGGGAACAACUCGUCGACAAAUCUCGACAUCUUUUCCACUUUUAGCACGUCCAUUGAGAGUUUCCGCUCUCGCGUCUCUCAGUGUUCUCAGGAGAUGUGGAAUUUCAGCCUGACAGCGAGUGGCUUGAAAGAAACCCAUAUCCUGGAAGCCCUGCAGGCCUGGCUGGCCCCACAGGACACCGUUCUGGCAUUCCUAGCCAGCAACAACAUCAACAUCGCCAGCCGCCCCGAGCAAUUCACCUGCACAUGGUUCCAGUCCCAUCUGACAAACUUCAUGCGCAGCGGAGAAAGCUCGCUGAUUGUUGAGGGAAAGACGGGCACAGGCAAGACGACGCUGGCGAACUGGACGGUCGAUCGACUUCAACGACCUAUCGGCCGUAAGCUCGUUUUCCCUCUGAGCUUUUUCUUCAACAGCAACAUUCCUGCCCAGGCGAACUCCUUUGCGCUGCUCAAAACUCUCUUGUGGCAGAUUUUGUCUCAGCGCAUUGGAGAUAUCCACCUGUACAAGGCCUUGACCGAGGCGUACCACGAGUUCAAGGAUUCCAACGCGUCGCAUAAGAAUGAGGAGAUCCUAUGGACCGUCCUCGAGAAGGUCCUGUCGGCCAUUGACGAAGAUGAGACAAACACCCUUGUCCUCGUUGUUGACGGUCUUGAUGAAAUUUCUGGACAGAAACACCACGCCCAUGCUGUUGCCAACAGGCUCCAUGACUUGGCUGUGAAGAUACCUGGCUUACGCUUGAUCCGCUUCUCCCAACCACUUGAAUCGACCCAUUCGAAAUCGGAAUACGUCAAACUCUCGACAGAGACUAUGAUCGAUGACAUUCGAACGAUUGUGCGCCGAGAGCUUGGUGACCUCAAGUCGUUCGCCGCAAUUGAAGACGGCGCCCAAGAGUCUGCCAUCGACAAACUGGCAGCCGCCGCUGAUGGCUCUAUCCUAUGGGCUUGGCUUGCUACCCAAUAUAUCGGGCAUCAAAAAGUCCAUUCUACAUUUGACGAAGCUCUGCAAACUGUCGUCACCAGUCUGAAGACUGUGCCGGACCUGGUGGAGAAAUUGAUGUCAGUCCUUAGCGUCGAUGCACGGGCGAAAAGCUUGCUUUCUAUUACUCUAGCUGCAGAAAGGCCAUUAUUGCUCUCAGAACUCGAGCUCUUACUCCAGGCUCAGCCAGGCCGCCUCGAGAUGGAUGAGAAGAGCGUCGACCUGGGCGACGUGACCGCAUCUGUGGCCCCCUUCACCAUCAGAGGCGAAGGCAUGCUAGCCAUCAGGCAUGCGGCAAUCAAGACUGCCUUAAUCACGGUCGCUGAGAAAUCGAAGGACUACUUGCUGGUGAAGGAUCGACACAGAGAUAUGCUGACUCGCAUUCUGAUCCAUGCAAAGACUUCUCUCAGAGAGGAUCAGGAGCCGACGCUGGAUUAUUUGGACUUCAGCAGAAUCCAUCGUCCCUCUCACUCACGUCAGCUGCUUGAGUAUACCGUGAGGUACUGGAUUGUUCACUUCAGGCAAUCCUCGCUGCUGAAGCGUGGAUCAGAUCUGGAUGUUCCAAAAGAGUUUGCUAACAUCUUCCCUUCAACUGUGACUCUGGCGCUCUUGGAAGAAGCUUGCUGGCGUGCACAGACAUCGCCAAGUGAAGCCGCCGAGCUUCACGCGCUUGCCUAUCGUGUUCGUGUGAACCUAUUCGGCCAAGACCACGCCUGCGUAUUACAGGCAGCCAUUGUUAUUGCGAAGAUUUAUGAGACAACUCUAUUUCGACUUCACGAUGCGGCGUCUUGGUACAUGACAUCAAUCAAAGUCGCUACCAAGAUACUGGGGUCGCAUCACGAUCUCGUUGUCCAGCUCUGUCUGUGCUUGUUGCGGGUGACAGAAAGCUUGGUAACGAAAAGCAGAAGCCAGAUCACAACUUAUCGUGAAGAGACACUGCGAAUCCUCGUUUCCGCCUAUACCUACCGCUACGGUGCGAGCUCGAGAGAGGUGUCUGCAUGCUACAGACAGUUGAGCGAGCUCUAUGUUUUCAUCGGCGAGACUGAAAAGACCGAAGAGUUCAAGCAGAAGACAGGAACGACUGCUGUUGAUGAUCAGGCCGUCCAAGAGAAUGGCGACAAGGUGUCUCGCAGUCUGGAUGUCACCCUCCGCAAGCGCAAGGAGAAGGAGCUCAUUGAUACUUUUGAAGGAUCCUUGUUUGCUGGCUAUCAAGAAGAAACCGCAGAGUCCCUCACCUUGGCGUUGGUUGAAGGCAUAUUUGCCCGUGCGACAGAGUUGAUCAAACGCGAGGACUAUGAAAAGGCGGAAGAACUAUACAUUGAACUCUGGUGGAAGCUGACAGAGCACUGCGCUAGUGUCAGGACCCUGGAGUGGCACCAGAAGAAGCUCGAGUUGAUGCUGGCGUAUGCUCGCUUCUUACAAUCCCGCAACCGCGUCGAUGAAGCCUCUUCUGUUCUUCUGUUCGCCUGGAAAGAGUUCGAGCACAGCGAAUUCUCAAUGUACGAGUCCAUCGUCCGACUUCUAAAAGAAAUCGCCCUCAUCAUGAAGACCGUCAAGCUCAACACUGUGGCUCUGUCUGUCUAUCAGAAAUGUUUCUCCUACUACAAGAACGUCAGUGAAACCACCUUCGUCUCGGAAAUUGAAGAGCAAAUCACUGCCACAUCGAUGGAGAUCAUCAAAUCCUCCACCACGACAGUCAGCGAAUCUACCGAGGUGACCAUACGAGAGGUCUUCGAACAUACCAUUACAACCACUUCCGAGGUUACCCACUCCACUUUCGAACUGUCCAAAUCAUUGACAGGCAUCUACAUUGAGCAGAGCCGUUACGCACAAGCCAUAACAGUCCUCGAAAGCACAAUGAAGAAGGGUUGGGCCGGCUUGUUCAAUGACGCUCUCGAGAGCAUUACUCUGCCUUCCAAAUUCUCCACCGAGAGCGUCAUGCUCGCUGUGCGCUUGGCAGAAUGCUACGAACAACACCAGGUUCUGGACCAAAGCGAGCAGAUCUACCUGAGACUCUAUCGCGCUCAUCAUAAGUCCCACAGCAUUGACAAUCAUGCCGUGGCCCAAUAUUCCGAAAUGUAUGUGGCGUUCCUGAAGCGUCACGGGCUCCACGACCGCAUCAUCAGCUUCUAUCAGGAAUUGUUGAUCGACUACCGCAACUUCUACGGCAAGAGCGACAAGAAGACAAUAACUCUGCUCUAUAACCUUGCAGACACUUGCCGGACCCACCAUCUUGUCCAUAGAUACUGGGUCGAGUACUACCUUGAAAUCGUCAAUGCCCUGAACAAAGGUGACCUGAUCAGUCAGAAAGAUGCACUCCGUGCUCUCAUCAUUGUCGCGGAGCAUUACUACGAGAGCCGGCGAUUUACAGAAGCGUUGAUCCAUUUCAAGUCAAUCGCGGCGACAUUCAUCAAGUUUGGUACUCAAUACGAACAUUUCGCUGAUGCCGCAGUCGUCCAGCGCCUGCUCGAGAAGUAUUACACCUCUAUGGAAGAGACAAAGUUGGAUGUCGACCAACACGUCAGGAUCUUGCGGGAGGUUCGUGAGGCUUGCUUCAAGUACUACGGAGAAAAGUCUGUGAUCUCGAUUAUCACAACGAGCGCAUUGGCUGAGGCGUGUUCGAAGAGUCAAGAGUAUUGGUUUGAAUCCAUCCGCUACUUCGAAACAGUGUCGCAGCAUUCCGAAAUGGUCUCCGUCCAGACAAUCGAGCGAUCCAAGAGCAUGAUCAAAGAGCUUUACAUCAAGCAAAUCACGUCGACGAAGUCCACAACAUUGAGCAAAGAGACUGUCGAGAAGGCCGAGUCGCUGUUGUUUGAAAAGUAUAUCUCGAGCCGCCGAGCGCAUGAGUACACGCAGACGAAGACGCUCAAGCAACUUCAGCAGCUGAUUGCCAUUUACCACAAGCAACAAAAGACUGAUCUCAUCGUCAAGGAGCUCCGAUCUCUGAUUCUGGACAUUGUCCUGAAUGUUCGCACAACGGAAGAACUAGUGUACGUGGCUGACUUCCUCGCCACAAUCUUCAUCAGCUACGAUCUCCGUCGCUACGCCCUGGAGAUAGUCCGGGAUCUCAAACUCCAAGCCAUCUAUCGAUCUGCACCCAAGACUUCCGCGUUCCACGGUGCGACAAUUGGGCGGGCUUGCUUCGCUUUCAUUGCUGCUUUUGAGUAUCACGUUCGCAGUGAUCAUACCCUCAGCAUUGCACAUAAUAUCGCCGAGUUGGUGGCUGAGCACUUGUUCUACGAGCGCUUCGUCAGGUCCAUUAAGGCCAAAGCCAAGCUGCAGGCGGUCUUCGUCCAUGCGGCUCGUCUGCGCCAUAUUCUCGCCCGAAACAACCGCUUUGAGGACUUCACCAUCAUCGAAACACAGCUGAUUGACUUCUUUGCUGCCACAGAAGUCUCGGUCUCCAAGGCUGUUUCGCGGGCAGCUCUAAAAGCAUUCGUCAAUGUCAUCACGAAAUAUGCGGCCGAGCAUCCAAAUGUCCACUUCAAGAGUUUCGUCGUUGCCGCCAGCUACGCAGCAGUUGACCAGCUUCGCCUCUUGUUGAAGCAGAACAAGGACCAGGAAGCUCUUGAUCUUGCCACCUGCACAUUCAAGUUCCUCAUGGCGCACGAAGGCCUUGAUGAUCCCACCGAAAUCCGUCUUGGGUUCCAGCUGUGCCUCAUGACGGCCGGAAGGGGCGAAUUCGCAUACAAGAGCAGCAGUCCCAAGGUCCAGAGUGAAAUGCUUGCGCUCUCUCAGCAGAUCCUGGCCGAGGUUUUCGACAUCUGUAAGAACAACAACAUCAACAUCGCCCGCGCGCAGCUCUCCGAACUCAACGAGCUCAUCAACUUGAUUGGUGAACACAAGGACUAUUCCCGCCUCUCUUGGCUUCUCAACACUCUAUGGACGUCCCGCGAAGGCCAAAGUUCCUGGCCACAGGAUACCAUCCUCGACCUGGGCUUCCGCCUUGUUCAAGCGGAGUUCAGUGCCGGCAACUACAAGCCUGCUCUGCGCCUGUGCGAAGACAUUGUCUACAACAUCAAACGUGUCCACGGCUCAAGGAACCCGCGCUUGUACUCGUGCUGGAAUCUUCUGGCAGAGCUCUACACGGGAUACGCAAACCAUUUGCUGGCCGAAGCCGGCAAACAGGAACCCGCAACCAAGAAGGCGACGGAACAGAGCGCUCUCCUCUACCUGCGGAAAGCGGCCGACGUGCACCUCACUGCGCUCAAGCAGCUGGUCGAUGCCGAUGCAGCCGACACGGGUGAUGACGACGACUACGAGCUCGACGUCGGCAUCAGCUUGAAGAAAUCAUCCAGCACCGCGACUAAUGGCGCCAACGGCGCCAGCUCGCAGGGCAAAGUCAACGGAGAAGACCACAAGCACGUGCGCUCCUUCCAGAACCGGGAGGAGGAGCUCGAGAUCGUGCGCAGGCACCUCCGACUACUCAAGCUGGCGCUCCAGCGCGCCGGCGGCUUCUUCAAGUCGGCCAAGGAGUACGAGGCCUUGACGCAGAAAGUCAGCGCGCACUACGGCGAAGACCUGAAGCUCAAGGACCUCGAGUGGAAUGCUGCCAAGUGGAAAGUCGAUGGACUACCCCUGGGCCAGGCCGAGGGCCAGAAGCAGGAUGGCGUGUACCGUGUGCCUGCGCACUGGGAAAUCCAUGUUGCUUGA